AUGGCCCCGUGGUCCGCACCUCCUCCGCCUCCGCCUCCGCCUCCACCUCUCGCCGCGCCGCCGCCGCCCGGCGCCUCGGUUAAGGGCCCGCCGGCGCGCAAGCUGCUUUUCAUGUGCACCUUGUCCCUGUCCGUCACCUACCUGUGCUACAGCCUCCUGGGCGGCUCGGGCUCCCUGCAAUUCCCCCUGGCGCUGCAGGAGCCGCCGGGCGCCGCCGCCGAGCCCCCGCCAAGCCCGCCGCCACCCUCUCUGCCGCCUCCCCCCGUGCGCCUCGGCGCCCCCUCGCAGCCGCCCGCGCCGCCGCCGCAGGACAACGCGAGCCGCGGGGAGCCGCCCGAGCCCCCCGAGCAGCCCGCCGCCCCCGGGGCCGACGGCUGGGGACUGGCGAGCGGCGGCGGGGGCGCCCGGGACGCCUGGCUCCGGGCCCCGCUGGCCUCUAGCGAGAUGGUCACGGCGCAGAGCGCGCUGCUGGAGAGGGAAGCGCAGGAGUCGAGCACCACCGACGAGGAGCUCGCAGGCCGGAGGGCGGCCAACGGGAGCAGCGUGAGGGGCGGCGCCGUCAGCACCCCCGACUAUGGGGAGAAGAAGCUGCCACAGGCGCUUAUCAUCGGGGUCAAGAAAGGAGGGACCCGCGCCCUGCUGGAGGCGAUCCGAGUGCACCCGGACGUGCGGGCGGUGGGCGUAGAGCCGCACUUCUUCGACAGGAACUAUGAAAAGGGGCUGGAAUGGUACAGAAAUGUGAUGCCUAAGACUUUGGAUGGGCAGUUAACCAUGGAGAAGACACCAAGUUACUUUGUGACAAAUGAGGCCCCCAAGCGCAUCCACUCCAUGGCCAAGGACAUCAAACUCAUCGUGGUGGUGAGAGACCCCGUGACCAGGGCCAUCUCCGAUUACACCCAGACACUGUCAAAGAAACCCGAGAUCCCCACCUUCGAGGUGCUGGCCUUCAAAAAUCGGACCCUAGGGCUGAUCGAUGCCUCCUGGAGCGCCAUUCGAAUAGGGAUCUAUGCUCUGCAUCUGGAAAACUGGCUCCAGUAUUUCCCCCUCUCUCAGAUCCUCUUCGUCAGCGGUGAGCGACUCAUAGUGGACCCCGCCGGGGAAAUGGCCAAAGUACAGGAUUUUCUAGGCCUCAAGCGUGUUGUGACUGAGAAACAUUUCUAUUUCAACAAAACCAAGGGGUUCCCUUGCCUAAAGAAGCCAGAAGACAGCAGCGCCCCCAGGUGCUUAGGCAAGAGCAAAGGUCGGACUCAUCCCCGCAUCGACCCCGAUGUGAUCCACAGACUGCGGAAAUUCUACAAACCCUUCAACAUGAUGUUUUACCAAAUGACGGGUCAAAAUUUCCAGUGGGAAGAGGAAGAGGGUGACAAAUGA